AUGGAAAAUGAUCUUUCAGAAUACCCCUCAAAAUUACGCCGCUUGGUCACACCGCCAACCACCUCAUAUGUCGCAAAAUUCGGCCGUGUUUUCUCGACCACCAACAUUCAACGUCCAUCCACCGUGUCCCGUGAAUUACACGGGUAGGGUUAAAUGGAAAGGAAACAAACGCGUGAGAUGCAACAACAAACGCCAUGUAAAAUUUAACGACUCAUCAGAGACGAACCGAUUCAUUGGCAAGGUUCGACGAUUUCACUUUCCAAAGAGGAGGUUUACCAGCGGCAGACGUAUCUCCACUCCAUUUGCGCCGCACAAUACUACGUCGUUCAUAAUCCGCUCAAAGAAGUCCGGGGGUAUAGCUUCUCUAGUGUCUCCUUGUGCGACGACUCCAAGGAUCUUAACAACGCCAACACUUUCGCCGUUGACAGAGGUGGUUGUGGAGAUGGCGAAGGAAAAUUGGGGAGUUGAUGGUUAUGGCACAAUGAAAGGCCUAAUUCGUGUUCGGUCGAGAAAAGAAGAUUCUGACAAAACGGAAAAUAAUGGCAGUGACAGUGAGCAUUUAGAAGUUGAGAAGAAAUUGAAGAGUGAUUUGAGAAGGUUUGAGAUGAUAUAUCCAAGUAAGUACAGUUUAGAGAAUAGGAUUGACGAACAGGAAUUACAUAUUACACGUCUUGAACAACUCAAUCUAAUUCUUAAGGAAAGAAGUUUUUUCAUUGAAGAUGAGUUGAGUGAGUUGAGAAGGCGUGUUUUAUGCUUAGAGACAGGGAAUCAGAUUGCAUGAUUUCAAUAGAG